GUUUUAGGGCUGUUGUGAAAGGAACACAGAACUAUGAACUCUCUAAAAUGGCAGCCAUAAUAACACUAAAGCAGCAAAAUGUGAAAGUAGGCAAAAAUAUAUGCAUACUUUAUGUUUUGUUCUCUGAACGACUUCUCUAUAGGAACUGUGUGAACAAAUGCAAAUGGCCAAGCCGUUGAAGUUCAUUGAAAGGUUAACUACUUUUAUCAAAUAGCAUUUUUAGUGUUUAAAAUCUUUUUUUGUUGGUACUCUGUGCAGAGUGGAGUUUUUUUGCUGUACAGUUCAGUUAAAAUAUGACCCUCACUUUGCACGCUUUGAUUUUAUUUUGAAAAAUCUACAUACUUUAAGCCUACAGGUAUUGUGAUACUUAAAUAAAAUAAGGUUUACAUUAUAAAAGAUUAUUUCUGCUUCAACAAAAUGUGAAUUUCAAAAAGAAGAUAUAACAUGGACAAAAUAUUACGAUGUUAUACCCCAUGAGCCAACAGCUAUUAAUCAUUCUCAUUGGAAAAUUGGAAAGCAUUGGUUAGAUCGAAUUUGAUUUAUUUAAUUGCAUGUUUCUAGAUAUAAGAGCAAAAGCUGAAAGCAAGCUUUGAAUAAAGAGGUUUAUUAACUGAAUUUGUUUUGGCUUUCAAACUUCUCCAGGAUGAGGAUGCACAUCCUGUGUAUCUUUGUGAAGAUUUGUUUUAAAACAGCAUUUGUGAAAGGUCUGACCUUUACAUGUAACCAUAACCUUUGUUUGUAUUCACUAUUUGUUUGUAUUGUAAAAAUCCAGCUGAUGUCAUCUAACAGAAUUAGAAAAACAGAGAAAUUCAAGGAGUAUUAUUUUAUUUUUAUUUUUAUAUGUCUUGAACUGACAAUAUAAGAAAUUGGAAAUUGCUAUUUAGGGCACUAGGCUGUACCACUAUGAUGUGUUAUUGUGGUUUAAUAAUGUAUAAUUAAGUAUGAUAGGAAAAUAAAAUGUUCUUGUUUGUUUUGAGCUAGAAUGUUUUUAUUUACUUUUUAAUUUUCUUCUUUAAUGAAGUCUUGCCUCUUUGAUUGCAACCAUGCUGCCAUCUGAAUCUGUUAGCGUGUUAAGGUACCACAGAGGGAAGAAGGAUGUUUCUGAAUGACUGUAUGUCUUACAAAUGCUGCUACUGGAAAAAGCUUUCUUGAAAUAGUGUCAUAUUUUAAUGCCAUUUAUUUUAUGUGUAUCUUAGAAGGAAUUUAGAACUUUAAAUUAAUAUAUUUUUCAUUUGGUUUUUUUUUUUGUUAUAUUUAUUUCGGUUUUGGGAAAAGUGCUGUUUUUACAUGUCCUGUUAGGGUUUCUUGGGAGUCAAAUCAAUAAAGAUGAACCAAGCAGUUGACCCUAUAAUUGUGAAAUUCUUUACAAAAUAAAUAAAGAAGUGUAGUCAUAUUGCAGCUAUAUUUUAUUAUUUCUGUCACAAAAAUUGCAACUGCAUUAUUAAUAUGUGGCAAAUAAACAUAAAAUCGGUUCAAACAAAGUGAUUGUAAUAUGAAACUAUAAUAUGGAAGGAUGAGUGCAGUUGUUGCGAUCAGGAAAUAAACUCAAAAAAUGAAUUGAAACAUUUUUAAGAAAAUAGAAAGCAGUUGGCCCUGUAAGAGGAUCUGUCAGGUGUCUGAAAAACUGCCUCCAGCUCAUGAAAUCAAUGUUUCUGUCAUAAAGAAAGAGACAUCUUCACCCUUCACUUGAGUCAAACUAUCUUUCUCAUAGUCAUUAAGUCCUUUUAAAAUGUUUCUGACAAAUGGUUUCAAUCUGUCUAAAGACUGUAUACUUGUGAUGUCUUUGGCUACUUUUUUCCAAGUUUUUUCAGUACAUUUGUUGUUCCUGAACACCUACGUUUUUUGCUUGUCAAUUUGUGUUGCAUUUCCUCUUUCAAGAUGCAUGAAUUCUGCUUUUGUCCUUAUGUUUCCUUUGAUCAGAGGCUAAAACGAGCAAAAAAAAGUUUUCUAAAACAUUUAAGUUAAAAAGAAUAGGCUGCAAAUAAGUAACUGGAGAAACUUAAAAAAUUAAAAAGCUGCCGUCCUUAUCCAAGCCUUGCACUGUGGCUACUGCUGGUCCAUGACGUAAGCAUAAACACUAACACAUGCACACUCACACCCACACACACACACACACACACACACACACACCCACACACACACACACAAAUCUAGUCAGGACCAGUUUUUUUUAAUCUCACCCAAAUGAAUUUUCACCUCCUUUGUUGUAAAAACAUUAUUCAAUCAACUUAGACAAAUAGAUAAGAGCUUGUCGUUUGUCCAAUCAUUAGACAAAAACAAAGCAGAAGUUUCAUGGACUAACAGCAUUUUCAAUGCCAGCUCUUAUCUCAUCCUGGUUUUUAUAAAUUGGCAGUUAAACUUCACUUAAGUUUCACUGCUGUUAGACAGUGAAUCUCAUUGGUCUCAUUGUAAAGUUUAGAUCACUAAAUAUAAAGCAUGUCAAUGGAAACUUUUCUGUUUGGCCACAGAGGAAAAAAACUCAAACGCGAUGUGCUCAGUGUUAUAUAUUUCGCUUCCUUAACUCCAAAGUGCACUUUUGAGGUCUGCCUUUUAAGAUAAAGCUUAAAAUGAAAUCAAAAACAUCAUGUGCAUUUGUUAGAUUAGGAAAUGUGCCUCAACUUAUGUACAAAAUAAAUGUCAAUUAUCUUAAAAAAUACUGAGGUGACAUUUUGCCUGAGAAACUGUUUCCAAGAAGCCCCAGAGGGUUAAUAAUUAUGUGUUAUAUAAAUCAAAAACUUUUAUGAUUAAAAUAUUGGGAGAAAAAAAGGAAAUUAGGAAGUACCUAUAAGCAGAUUCAAGCCGGUUUGUUGAGGUGAAGGUUGUGGUGGAUAAACAUCCUGCUUCAUUGUGUAACUUUACUUUAUUUGUAUAAUAAUUUUCUUCUAUGUGGUUUAAACAGUGACUCCAAUCCAAUUUUUGUUUUGCUUUAAACUCAAAACUCAUAAAAUGUUUCCUUUGUUCCUGUUGCCCGUUUUAUCGUUUAGUUUUUUUAACUUUGGGAUGCCUGUCAAAGAAGUAUCUUUUGUCUGCUUCUCACAUUCGGUCAUCCUCCACCUGUUUGGUUCCGUGUGCACCACAAUGAUCACCUUACACAAGAGGGGACAAAAAAGCUUCUUCUGUCUCAUUGUUUAAAUUUGAAAUAUUGAUGUUAUCUUUGUUUUUGACUAAUAAUAACUUUGUUUUUUGUUUUUUGAAGGGCAUAUAUCAUUCAAAAUAAUUUUUUUGAGCUUUUAAGUGUAUCAUACUGUUCAGUCCUCACAAAAAGGAGCCCCAAAGCGGAACUUUAAUUUGUUCACGCAUUUCUGAGUAUUCCACCAGCCCCUACCAACCCACAAAAAAUGUAUGGGUUCACACGAGUUGAAGUAAACAAGUGAGAACCGCCCUUCCAGGAAGCUAGAGGUGUGUUUGGCAAAAAUGCAUUCAUUUUAUAUGCACAAUAUGCACAUUAGUCUUUGCAAAAAUUUGGAUGUUGUUUUAUUGUGGGCCGGCUCAAGGUUGACAUCAUGAAACGGGCGGUACCCACAUGGAGCGACAGGCGGUGUCUCAGAGAUAGAGUCGUCUUACUUCCGGGUUGGAAAAGAGCUCAGGAAAAUAACUGAUAUUUAAUAAAAACAAUUUUCUUUUCUGUGCCAAAGGAAAUGUAUUAUCAUACGUAAGAAUGUUGUUUUACUAUAAAAAGCUUAAGAACAGUGUGGCCUUUUCUUAACAUACAUUUUCAUACAUUUACUGUAGAAUUAAUCGCCCAUUUAUUUACACAAAAAAUAUUUACUUUACUUUAUCUUUUUGAAAUUUCUCUUAUGGAGGUGAGCAGACAUUGCAUCAUAUUUUCAUGAUAUUUUUUUAUCCAUUUACUUUAUUCCAUAUAUAUGCAAGAUUGUAAUGAUAAAUAUGUUUGAGUGCUGCCAAAUGAACAGUAAAACCUAGAAAAGAUGUGCUGGGGUCAGCGGCAAAGCUAUCAGUCAGUCAGUUUUACUGUUAGUGGUGGAACAAGUCAAACAACCAGUGUCUUUUGUUCCACAUUACUUUGUCCUUUUUUUCCGCCCUUGUAACACCAGACCGACCUUAUUGUUCCUGUGUUGCUAAAGCAGAAAGCUGAUCUUUAAAAGAAAUGGAAGUCAUGAACGUAGCAGCAGUGUUAGAAGCACAACUUUUCUUUACAAUUAAAAUAUAUACAUCCUCACUAAUAAUGCUAAAGAUCUUGCUGCUCCAGUUCUGCUUGUGUUUGUGGAUUUCCGCUGGUUUACUUUAUUUAACAAGGGAUUUUCUUUGAAGCUGAAGCUUCAAGGUGGAGGGAGGCCCUUAACAUUUCCAAUAAGUACAAUUUAGCAGUACUCCUUUACUAAAAAAAAUCUGAAAAGAUUUGAUACCUAGUUAAAAACAAAAAAAAAAGAAAGUUACAAAUGCAGGCGCACAAUAUUCGCGGUUGUUAAUCAGGAUCAGCUCCCAUGUAGCAAGCAUAGAAACCCGUUUGUCCCACACCUAUCAAAAACUUUUUGGCCUUCCUGAAGUCAAAAUAUUUUAAGUAUUUGUUGAAUAACGCAGAAAACAUAGAAGACGUUAUCCAUCAAAAGAAUCUGCCUCAAUAAAAUGUUAAGACAGAAGAUUUAAUUUUGUAUUUUGCCAUCAAAAAGUUAGAAUAUAUGUCUUUAGGUCUCAAAACUAUUGUUGUCUGAUGUGAUGAAGCUUUAAGGAAGAGCCGAUCACUCCACCCCUCCUACAUUCCUUUUCUCUCUUUGCCAUGGAGAGGCAAACAGGUAUUUUUUGUUAUGUAGUCCAGCCCAAUGUCGCCUUUCAAACAAACUCCAACAGACUUUCCUGUUCAGCAGCUCUGAAAUCACCAGAUACACUUGCGGAUGUACUUUGGAACGCACAGCUCCAGGAGAUGAACCUCAGGGGCCAUAGGGACCAGUAGCACUCUCAGCACUGGCAACUCAAAUACAGGGGAAUCGUCAGGAAGAGCUGCUGUUGCAAAACCAAAAAGAUCACAUGAGAUUUGAGAAAAUCUCUGUUAACUAAAUCAGGGUAAAUUAUGACCACGCCAAGCAGUCAGAGCAAAUUCCGACCCAUCCUGGUCACUGUUCUCCUUCUGGGAGGUUUCAUGACUUUUCUGUUUAUGUACAUCAAGCCAUCCCCACAAUGGUUGUAUGAGCCAGUAAAGUCUGUAGUUUGCUCUGACCAGUUUACCUCCACUACGGAGCAGGUCACCUCCAAAAGUAUACAGUCCAACACCACCAACGGGCAGGUCACUCCUGCCAAGAGCGAUGAAAAGAAGACCAUCCUGUUGGUCUGGUUGGUACCUUUCGGACAACAAAACGACUUGAAUUUCUGCAAGUCGCGUUUCAACAUGGAUUACUGCAUCAUCACCACCGAUAAGAACAUGUACAGUAAAGCAGACGGGCUUCUGUUCCAUCACAGAGACAUCAGGGGUGACUUAUCUAACCUGCCACAGACGCAACGACCACCGUACCAGAAAUGGAUAUGGUUUAACAUGGAGUCACCUACCCAUUCAGGGAAUUUCGCAGGACUAGAUAACUUUUUCAAUUUGACUCUGAAUUACCAUCGGGAUGCUGAUAUCCCAGCACGCUACGGCUACCUUGUAAAAACACAGAACGAAAAGAAAUUUGAACUUCCCAGCAAAAGCAAGCUAGUCUGCUGGAUUGUAAGUAACUAUAACCCCAACCACGCACGGACAAAAUAUUACAAUGAGUUGCGUCAACAUAUCGAAGUCAGUACGUUUGGAAGAGGCUUUGGAAGGUACGUGUCUGACGGUGAUUACGCCAAUAUUGUGUCCGGCUGUAAAUUCUACUUAAGUUUUGAGAACUCAAUCCACAAAGACUAUAUAACUGAGAAAAUGUACAGACCCCUCUCUUUGGGCACAGUGCCGGUGGUCCUCGGCACAUCAAGACAGAACUACGAGGACUUUGUACCAGGAGAUUCUUUCAUUCACACAAAUGACUUCAAGUCACCCAAAGAGCUGGCCGACUACCUGCAUGUUCUGGACAAAAAUGACACUCUGUACAUGAGAUACUUAGACUGGAAGAAGCUUUAUGAAGUAAAGGGAACUGCGUUCUGGAUAGAACACGCAUGCCGGGCUUGUGAGUACUUGAGAACAGACAAUGAGUACAAAGCAUUCAGAAGCCUUAGAUCAUGGUACUGGGGCUAAGGGUACUAACAGACAUGCAUCAUUUACAUUAAAGUACCACAGGCAAAGCUAUAAAGUCAAAAGGUCACAGUAAAAAAACUUGUUUUUUGGUGCCUGUUAGUUUGGAUUUUUUUUUUUUUGUUGUUGCUUUUAUUUAUCUUACUUCUUCAAUGUCUCUUUAGGGGCUCCACUAGAUACACAUCUUUAAGUAAAGUAAAAGGAUAGUGACCAAUUGCGCACCAAAAUAUUUCUAUGCAAAUUAAUAAAAAUACACAAAAGCCACUGAAUUUUUUUACCUACAAGAAUUCUAAAUAGUUCAAUCUGAAAUAAGAUUAUCCACAUUAAGAUCAAAUGUGAUCUGAAAUAUAAUUUUUCAUAAACAUUUGCUGAGAGAAGAAAAGUAACUUGGAUGAGGAUCCAGGACUACUCAAAAAGAUAUGACAAUUAUACCUCAGAGGGUGAUGAAUGUAAUGCAAGGGUAGCACUACUUACUGAAACCAAAGAUAUGAACUUACAGUUUCCUCACUGUAAUCUAUUUUUCAGUGCCAAGGGGUCAAAGACGUUUAUCUUUAUACCUAUAGACUAAUGAAGCUCAAAGCUGUGUGUGUUGGAGCUCCAUCCAACUGUGAAAGAAAUACCAAAAUGUACCUUUUUUAUUCUAUGCCAUGCAUUUGUUAAAAUCUUUAUUACAUAAACCUUUUUUCUACAUGGGUUUCUGGGAUGGUGGAGGGUGGUGUCGGGGCAGUUUUACACCUAGGGGAUUUUGUAUGUUUGUGGGGGGGUUCUUAUUGUACACAACUGAAUGUUUUGUGCCAAAGCACAGACAAUGAGGCACUUUGAUUUGCAUGAAGGUGUGCUGCUUUGCUCCUCUCCAUUUUAGACUGCACAAUUAUGCUUCUAGAAAUUCUCAGGGUUUGUUGUCACCUUUGUUACUCAUGGAUGAAAUUUAAGUUUUUUGUUCUGUGUUUUUGUGAAUGUUAUAUUAAUAUAUGCUUUAAAGCUGUAUAAAGCAAGUGGUAAUGUCCCACAAGACUUUAACAGAGGAGAAGGGAUUUUUUUCUAAAUGCCUAGAUUUUUCUGAGUGUUGCCUGAAUGUCUGAAGGUUAAUAAAAGGUGACAGCAAUGAGCAAACCUCAAUGGAACACUUAAUUUUUGAUUUUUUAAAGCUGAUGCUGCUGAUGUUCGAAACAGUUGGAAACCUGUUUGAGAGAUCACUAUGCUUUACUUUUUUUUUUCAAAUCAAAAUAUUAAUAAUUUUCAAAAACUUUUCUUUUUUGCAAGAAAACUAUGUUUUACGAAACACUUUCUGAAUAAACAUGUUACUUUUCUUAAUACACCAAAA